AUAGAGCUGGCAAAGUCAGCUGGAUUCCCAGUAGAAGAGCAUCGCACUGUUACAGAGGAUGGAUACUUGAUAGUCCUCCAUCGUAUACCUCCACUAGCCUCCAUACGGGAACAGAGAGUUGUCAUCUAUAUCCAUGGUCUCUUUGCAAGCUCCCUUGACAUGGUCAUCAGAGGCCGAAAAAUGGGAUUCGGCUAUCAGCUGUCUGAGGCAGGAUUUGACGUUUGGCUGCCUAAUCUGCGGGGCAGUACUGAUAACCCAAUCACAGUAAAUGUUACCAAGAACAACCCUUGGGACUUCAGUUGGGAUGAAAAUGCACGGUAUGACUUCCCAGCUAUCAUGGAUUAUGUGCUAGCCACCACAGGGACCCGUAAAGUGUCUACAAUAGGAAUGUCUAUGGCAGCCAAUGUUGUGCUGGGAGGAGUGGCCCUGCGGCCCCAAUAUAACCAAAGACUAGGUUGUAUGGUGUUCUUCGCUCCGACUGCUCGUAUGAAGUACACAACAAGUUUUGUCCAGAUUUGCAGCUCCUCACUGGCAAUGGUUUCAGGAGCCAGACAAACCUGCAGACAAAAACUGAACGAAAGUACAUUGACUAACGCCUAUCCAACAUCAACCCCAGGAGCCAGACAAACCUGCCGUCAAAAACUGAACAGAAGCACGAUGACCAAAGACUACCCAACAUCGACCCCAGGAGCCAGACAAACCUGCGGUCAAAAACUGAGCGAGUUGAAAAAACCUUCUACUAACAAUAAAAGAAACAACGUUUUCAGUGUUUCCUUACAGGUAGCAAGAUUUACAGCUAAUAAGGACAGGCAAGGGGGUGUGAAUCCAAAAAUAAAAGUGCUGGCAAAGAAACCGCCAAUAACUGCAAAAGUCCGCAGUCACAAUGAAGCUCUAGAAGAAUUCUUCGUAAAGCACAUAGAAUUCUACAAAAAAAUCAAUGAGAGCUAUAAAAGUAGUGCUAUUGAAUUAGAAUUGCUGCCAAAGCACUCUGAAACCUAA